AUGGGGGUAACCCUGUACCUCCUCUUCACAUGCUUUACUUCCACUGUGUGGGCAGCUAAACGACCUUUCAACAUUCAAGAUGAUGUCCUGGCCUAUCCACAAAAUUUGUUCAAGUACCAAGUGCUCUAUCCUCAAGAAUAUAUCCUAGAUGCGCAAGCACAGGAAUUACUUGAAAAUCAGGUUUCCCUUUAUGACGAAGUUUCGAGUCUCAGAGCAAAUGCCCACGGCACCGAGGGUGUAGAGGCCGAAAAACCAGACAAGCCAAAAUACGCCUACGAAGAGAUGAUCUUAAAUGACCGACGGCUCCUCUGCCAGAUCCCGCAAGUCGCGCAGGACGAACUCAAUGCUACCGGUGUGACUCCAACCAGCGAGGCGGAUGAGAAAAAGGAGUUGGCUCGGGCCACGGACAGAGAGGGCUUGAACUUCUUCGCGAGCUUGAGGGCAAGUUUCCAUGCACUUCCCCCAGGCCGUGGGGUCUCUACAUAUCCCCCUACUGAGGAUCCAGACACUCAUUCCUUCAUUCUGGGACAGUUCCCGGGUCAUACGCAGAGUGGCGAGAAAUCCAGGGCAAAAGAACAUGACCCCAAAAAUGAGGUUGCAGAAUUACACACCAAGGGCGGCUCACGAUACCUCGUCCAGCAUUUGCGGGGCGGUACCAGGUGUGAUUUGACGGGCCGUGAACGCCGGAUCGAAGUACAAUUCCACUGUCAUCCACAAUCAACCGACCAAAUAGGCUGGAUUAAAGAACUUACCACGUGUACCUACUUAAUGGUUAUCUAUACCCCACGUCUUUGUGACGAUGUUGCCUUUUUACCGCCCCAGCAGGAUGAAGUUCACAGCAUCGAAUGCCGCGAGAUUCUUCAACCUGAAGAUGUCCCAGAAUGGGAGGCUGCAAAGGAAUGGUUCCGAACUCACCAACUUGCCGAAGCUGCAGCAGACCAUUCUGAAGUUCAAAUGGUUGGUGGAAUCGAAAUCGGUGGGCACAAACUCGUGGGCAUGGAAGGAAAGACGAUUGAGAAGGGCCGAGUGGUUUCUGCGGGCGAAGAGCAUGUGGAGAUCGUUGCGAAACGUGAGAACGGCGAGAUCCGACGCAUGUCUAAACAGGCCAUGAAGAAAUUUGAUCUUGAUCCAGAGAAGGUGGAAGAUAUGCGGAAGCAACUGGAGGAAUAUGCAGGCGAUAAUGAUUGGACACUUGAAGUCGUCGCAAGCAACGGCGUGAUCAAAUUCCAGGGCAUCGUUGCCGACGAGGACGACGAGGAAGAGGGGAACGUUGAUCCAAGGCCUCAUGAAGAAACUGCCCCUCGGCAAGCAGACGGCUCGCAUGCUAAAACCGAAGAUCGGAGCGCAGAACCUGGUGACCGUCCAUCCCAAAAACUCCCCCGCCUCAGAUGA